CAUCUCAGCCUCCCAAAGUGCUGGGAUUACAGGUGUGAGCCACUGUGCCUGGCCAGCCUGCCUUCCUUCCUUCCUUCUUCUACUUUCUUUCUUUCUCUUUCUUUCCCUCUCUCCUUCCCUUUCCCUUUCCUCUCUUUUCUUUCUUUGAGUCUGACUGUCACCCAGGCUGGAGUGCAGUGAUACAGUUUCGGCUCAAUGCAAUCUCUGCCUCCUGGGUUCAAGCGCUUCUCAUGCCUCAGCCUUCCAAGUAACUGAUGCCACAGGUAUGCACCCCCACACCCAGCUAAUUUUGUAUUUUUAGUAGAGACAGGGUUUUGCCAUGAUGGCCAGGCUGCUCUUGAACUCCUGGCCUCAAGUGAUCUGCCCACCUUGGCCUACCACAGUGCUGGAAUUACAGGCAUGAGCCACUGCACCUGGUCCAUAACAUUUUCUUUUAUGCACCAAUGUCUCUCUUUGAGAAUCUGCUCAAGGUAAAGGACCCUCUUCCCAGGAACAUGUACAGGAAAGACGUUCUGUGUGUUGAGCUCUCUUCUCUCACUUGGCUCAAGGGAAAAUCUAGAAGGCUUUGACUUUGGCGAGUUGAAUGGGGAGGGAAGUCAAGACGUUGCCUAUCUGACCUGUGUUGUGGGGUUUUGGACUGCACUGAUGAAGGCAGCGUGGCCUGGCCAAAGGUCACUUGGCUAAGGCUUAAUUUCCGGCAGCUGCAGCCUACCAGACAUCAAGGAUCUGUGGCUGUGGCUGCUUCUUGUCAUGACCCUGAACUUAGAGCCCUGUGCUUAGAGGAAAUACCCACAUAGCCUGCAAGCUUGUGAGGGCUGAUGGAAGGUGGGAGCACUGUUGAGGGGAGCUGCAGAGCCCCACACUGGCUGCUGCUACCAACUAUUUAGCCUUACCUUGGGAAGAAACUGUCCGAAAGAUCUCUGUGCAAGGCUGUUCAGAUAGGGCGGAUGCCCUGUUCUAAUCCCUUCAGUUAGUAUUGCCCUCAGGGUAGGGCAAGGCAGUUUUCUUAACAGCACGAAAGCCGGGCCCCUGCCGCAUUUCCAGCCUGUGUCUAGGCACACCCUGCCUGGCUGGCUGUUACCCAGAUAGGACACUUAUGUGGCUUUACAGCUGCUGUUUAUCCUAGUGAGAUUCUUACCUUUCCUGCAUCUUCAACAGGAACUGAAGCUGCCCUCCUUCCGAGCCCACUCCCCACUGCUGAAGAGCCGCCGGUUCUUCGUGGACAUCCUGACCCUACUGAGCAGCCACUGCCAGCUCUGCCCUGCAGCCCGGCACCUGUCCGUCUACCUGCUGGACCACUUCAUGGAUCGCUACAAUGUCACCACCUCCAAGCAGCUCUACACCGUGGCCAUCUCCUGCCUCCUACUUGCAAGUAAGUUCGAGGAUCGGGAAGACCACGUCCCCAAGUUGGAGCAGAUAAACAGCACGAGGAUCCUGAGCAGCCAGAACUUCGCCCUCACCAAGAAGGAGCUGCUGAGCACAGAGCUGCUGCUCCUGGAGGCCUUCAGCUGGAACCUCUGCCUGCCCACACCUGCCCACUUCCUGGACUACUACCUCUUGGCCUCUGUCAGCCAGAAGGACCACCACUGCCACACCUGGCCCACCACCUGCCCUCGCAAGACCAAAGAGUGCCUCAAGGAGUAUGCCCAUUACUUCCUAGAGGUCACCCUGCAAGAUCACAUAUUCUACAAAUUCCAGCCUUCUGUGGUCGCUGCAGCCUGUGUUGGGGCCUCCAGGAUUUGCCUGCAGCUUUCUCCCUAUUGGACCAGAGACCUGCAGAGGAUCUCAAGCUACUCCCUGGAACACCUCAGCACGUGUAUUGAAAUUCUGCUGGUAGCGUAUGACAGCGUCCUCAAGGAUGCCGUAGCCGUCAAGAGCCAGGCCUUGGCGAUGGUGCCCGGCACACCCCCCACCCCCACCCAAGUGCUAUUCCAGCCACCAGCCUACCCAGCUCUUGGACAGCCAGCUACCACCCUGGCACAGUUCCAGACCCCCGUGCAGGACCUAUGCUUGGCCUAUCGGGACUCACUGCAGACCCACCAUUCAGGAAGCUUGCUCUCAGGGAGCACAAGCUUAUCCCUCCAUACCCCAUACCCCACCCUCCAGCCCCUGGAUAUGUGUCCCAUGCCCGUCCCUGCAUCCCUUAGCAUGCAGAUGGCCAUUGCAGCUGAGCCCAGGCACUGCCUCGCCACCACCUACGGAAGCAGCUACUUCAGUGGGAGCCACAUGUUCCCCACUGGCUGCUUUGAUAGGUAGGCCCCCUCUGUUCCUCACGAGGAAGCCUUGGAGACCUGGGCAGAGGAAGAGGACACCAAACAGGAGAGCUCAGACAAGUGAGGCAGCAGAGGCCAUCCCUGAAGAGCCUCAUUGCUUUUGAACAUGGAGGGUCUGUGCUCCUUCUAAGUAAAACUGACCCAGAGCAAAACAUUCAGUAACAUACCUCAUCCGAUAGCAUUCCUCUGAGAAAUGUCUACCACAUGUGGCUGGGGUACAGAAGGAUGGCCUGGUGGCUGUCCUCCCAAGCAGGGGCCCAGUGAAUCGAGAAGGACUUGCUAAGAGGCCAGGAGACUGGGAACUGGACACAGACCACUGAUCUCAAGCAUGUCCAGUUUUCAGCAUUGAAGACUUCUCUACUCUUUGCUGGUGGCAGCUACACCACUGAAAAAGGAGGGGCAGCCUGACAUGUUCUCAGGACCCCUGGAAGAUGCCGGAUGGGGUGCUUUUCUUUCCCUGGCUCCAUGCAGAGGGGCCUGAGUUUGUGUUUGUUCCUGAGUGUUCGCCUUGCAAUGCACAGUGGCUGGCUGUCUUGCCUUUGUUUUCAAACCUAAUUAGCAUUUUCAGCCUUUUUAGAUAUUUCAUGUGCUGCUGCUUCCCGAAGUGGUCUCGCUUUCUGUUCCAUAAGAUUUGUCUUGUUUACACACUGUAUCAGGGAUUUGGUGAUACUUGAAAAUUCCUUGGAGAAAAAAACAAAUGUAAUUGCCACACUGCCUGUCCCACAUGAGGGCUGUUAAGUUCCAACCCAAGUUCGAACCCAACUUCUGACGGCCCUGCAGGUAACAACAGAGCUUCCUUUUCAAAAGCAUAUGGUCGGAGAGAACCACUUUCCCAGCUCUCGGUUCCAGAAGAUUCCACGUCUUGGAGGCUGUGUUCACCUCUAUAGCUUUAAUAACUACCCAGGGAGGGAGAAGCUUGUUGAAAGGAAGACAAAGAUUUAAAGAAUCCCCAUUCCUCUCCACCACAUACUUACAGUGCACAAAGUUAAACCCAGUCUCGGCUUUGAGUAUGGCUGACAGCAGAGGAUGGUAAUGUGGAAAAUUUGCUUAGUGUCAUCUGGAUUUGCGGAGUGGGAUGUAGAUGGGCACAUGAUACCACCACUGAUAGGCAAGCGGCUGGCUGGACCAAAAGCCAGUACUUAGGGAUCUACAGCGAGAGGGCUCUCAGGAAGACUCUUGUAACCGUGUGCAAUAUGUUUUUAUUCUGACUUGCAGCUUGUGCUCAGCAUGUUCUUUUGUUUGAUUUGGGGUCGGGGGACACAUCGUUGACCCAUCAGAACUGGGAGGUGCAAAGGACCGUGGAAGCAAUUUGUGUUUGUUUGUUUGUCUGAGGAAAACCUGUCUUGGUUUUCUUAGCCCCUUGCCAGUCCUGGAGACUGUGGCGGGGGCCACCAGGAAGGCAGUUGCAUGCUGCUGAGUGAGAUCCGAAGGUGGCGAAUCUUCCCAGAGCAGAUGGAAACCUCAGCGUGGAAACAGUAAGAAAAGAGACGGAGCAUGGAUAAGACUCUGCCACCGUGUCGCACUGGCAUAGGAGACUGCACGUCCGUUUGCUGUUUUUCUUUUUUUCCCUUGCCAACCUCCCCUCUAUUUAUGUGCAGCCAGUUUGGAUUCAGGUUCUUCUAUCUGUCUGUUCUGGGGCUCGGGAAUCGUGAGGGUUCCCUCACAGCCAGGACAGCCGCCAGAAAAAGGCAUCCUGCAAUAAACACGUCACCUGCU